GGGCUGUGUCGAGCUGUGUGCCGCCGCCGUUGGGGCGAUGCGCCGGGUGCCGCCGCGCGCCGCCUAGCUCCCCCCCACCUCCCGCCUCGCGCGCGCCGCCCCGCGCACCCACCGCGGCCAUGAAGUACAAGAAUCUUAUGGCAAGAGCCCUGUACGAUAAUGUCCCUGAAUGUGCAGAAGAGUUGGCCUUCCGCAAAGGAGACAUUUUGACAGUGAUAGAACAGAACACCGAAGGUCUUGAAGGAUGGUGGCUCUGCUCCUUACACGGCCGGCAAGGCAUCGUUCCAGGCAACCGUGUGAAACUUCUGAUAGGCCCAGUGGCACAGGACAGUCCUCCUAGUCAAGAUAUGUCCAAUUCAGGACUGACACAUCAAUCCUUCAAUCAACAAAAAAUCUAUCAAGUGCCAAGUUCACAUGCCUCUGCACGGGAUCCCAUCUAUCAGGUGCCACCUUCCCACCUGAAUCAGGGAAUCUACCAGAUACCCACUAGUCAUGGUCUCAUGGGACAAGACAUUUACCAAGUGCCACCCUCCAUGCAGAGAAGCAUUGACGGUCCACCUCUGGCUAACAAGGUCAUUACUCCAGUCAGGUCAGGACAAGGUUAUGUUUAUGAGUUCCCUUCCAAAUACCAGAAGGAUACCUAUGAUAUCCCCCCUGUUCGUCCUCUCCAAGGGGUAUAUGACAUUCCCCCGGCAUCAGCUAAAGGGCCUGCGUAUCCAGUUCCCAUGGGAGAAGCAAAAGCAUUAGGAGUCUAUGAUAUACCACCUGCCAAAAGAAUCUAUGCUACUCCUCCAUCUGCAAGCCGAGACGAUACAGGCCUGAGAGAAAAUUUGCGGGAUUUUUCAUCUCCACAGGGUCACAGUGCAAGACCAGAAGGAGUAUAUGAUAUUCCUCCUCCCAUCACCAAAGCAACUGGGAAAGAACUUAAUAAAAAAUUUUCUUCUGAGGGCCUUUUAUCAACUGAUGGAGUGCCACGCAAACAGAGUGUGUAUGACAUCCCUGUGAACCAUCAAAACCAAUUUCUCGGACAGCAAAUUGCACCUCAGAAAGAUGUAUAUGAUACCCCACGGGGGAUUGUCUUUCCAGGACAACAGGCAGGAUUAAAUGAAAGUCUAAUCUCAGAAGGAAGAGAAGGUGUAUAUGAUGUGCCACCACCAAUUCUACAAGAGACUAAAGGAUUACAGGAUGUGACUGAUGGGAUAAAUAGAUUGUCUUUUUCCAGCACAGGAAGUACGAGGAGUAACAUGUCCACAUCUUCAACAACGUCAAAAGACUCUUCUUUCUCAACAUCGAUUGCACAGGACAAAAGACUAAUCCUUGAUCCAGAUACUGCUAUAGAGAGGCUGUAUUGCCUUCAGCAGAUGAUGGAGGCAGCUGUCAAUAACCUCAUGACCUUUGUUACUGCCGACUGGCGGUCUUUUGGAUAUAUGGAGAAACACAUCAAUGAAAUUCGUACUGCUGUGGAUAAGGUAGAGCAGUCGCUAUUGGAGUACCUUCAGUUCGCGAAAGGAUCAGCAGCCAAUGCUUCCUGUCUGUCUGAGGUCAGCCUUUAUAACAAAAUGAGGAGGGAAGUGCAGAGGCUGGAGGACUCUCACCAGAUCCUCACUCAAACUAGUCAUGACCUGAAUAGCUACAGCUGGUCUUUGAAUGUCCUAGCUGUCAACAGACUGCAGAACAAGUGUGAUGACCUGGAUCGAUUUGUUAUGGUGGCAAGGACAGUCCCAGAUGAUGCCAAGCAACUGACCACCACCAUCAGUGUCAAUGCAGAAGUGCUCUUCAAACAGGUCAUUAGCAGCACACAUUUUAGGAAUGUACCAGAGAACAUCAUGAACACUCCUGAAUACAUCUAUAAUAGUCCUCAUAUGCAGCAGCAUGGAGAGAAAGCACAGAACCACUGCAGCUCCCUUUCCCCGCUCAUGAGUAAAGGUCAGCACUCUCACAAUACCUCUAGUGAGAGCUCAGAAAAGAGCUGGAUGGAUGACUACGAUUAUGUUCACCUGCAGGGGAAAGAAGAGUUUGAAAGACAACAGAAGGAGCUGCUGGAGAAAGAAAAUAUCAUAAAGCAGAGCAAAAUGGAGCUGGAGCACCAUCAGAUCAAUCAAUUCCAGCGUCUGGAGCAAGAGAUCACAAAGCCUGUAGAAAACGACAUCUCGAAAUGGAAGCCACCUCAAGCUCUCCAAACUGCAAACAGCACUGCUGCCUCUUAUGACAGACAGCUGCUUUUAUUCUAUUCUGACCAAUGUGAGACUCAUUUCAACUCCCUCCUAAACGCCAUUGAUGCCUUUUUCAGUUGUGUCAAUGCUUCUCAGCCUCCGCGAAUCUUUGUUGCACACAGCAAAUUUGUCAUUUUGAGUGCUCACAAACUUGUGUUCAUUGGGGACACACUCACAAGGCAAGUGACAACUCAGGACAUACGCAACAAAGUGAUGAACUCCAGCAACCAGUUGUGUGAACUGCUAAAGAGUAUUGUUAUGGCUACCAAGAUGGCUGCCUUGCAUUACCCUAACACGGUAGCCCUGCAAGAGAUGGUGGACCGAGUAGCAGAGCUGUCUCGUCAUGCACAGUUGUUUAAACUCUCAUUAGUCCAAAUGGCAUCAUUAUGAAACAAAAUGGAAUCCUAUCCAUGAACAGUGAAACAGAAAAGCCAGCAAACUGGAAAUAUUUUUAUGUAAAUGGUUACAUUAUUUUUUGUAAAUACUUUAUAUAAAGUAUUUUAAAUAAAUGGCUUAGAGAAUCUAAUGAAAUCAGGGAUCUGGGAAUAUAGCUGGUUCCAUAUUAUGGUUCUAAUAUACAUCUAGAUAAUGUAUACACUGCAUAUAUGUAUAUGUUGCUACAUUCCCUAAGGCAUCAUUAAGCACCUUAAAAGUAAACGUCGGGUAAGCAGUGCAUAUCUUUGUAUAUACUGCCUAUUUCUCAGUAUAUUUGUUAACUGGAUGUUGCACUCUUCUUGUUUCAUUCCAGCUUAAAUACGGCACAUGGACCUGGUUGUGAAACCUACUUGUAGCAAUCCAUGAAGCCAAUGUAAUGGUUCUCAUAGAACCCCAUUCCCUUCUUCAAAACUACUUCCUCUAGAUUAAUUCCGUAAACUUUAGCUCUCCCUUCUUGAUACUAUUUUGCAUAGAGGAUUCAACCAUUUGGAGAAGCACAUGUGCAGAACUGUAACAAACGGUGCAUCAAGGUGUAUAGCAUUUGAGAAAAAAGCAUUUUUAGGUGACAUAAGAGACAGCCUUCCAAGAAGGAAUGAAAGAUUGUAUACAUUCAAUAGAAAAAUUUGAAUGCCACAAGACAUUUCUAGUAACUGUGCAACCUGUAUUUCAAAACUGGGGGGAUUCCCAGCAAUGUAAUUUCACACGUUUGCCUUAUAUGUCCAGUCAGACUUGAAAGCCUAAUUGUUGAGUUAUCCUGAGAGCCUCCCAAAAUCCAUCCAUCUCAUCUCUGAGGUUGUAGAUGAGCAGUGUCUCAAAAGGACAGUUCCUUCCAUAAGAAUAAAUGUAUAGGUGUAAUUCAUACAGAAAGAAGAACAGCCUAAUUUAAAAUAAGUGACAUUUAAACACCUGGAUAGCAGCUAUCCAGGUGUAUACGUAAUUUAAUGAAGACAGAGCACUUACUUUUCUAGGAUAUAUUCUUGGGAAUUCCUUGCAUCUAUUGCAAUUCUGACUUUCAUUCAAAUACUGGGCUUUUUUCCAAAUCCUGUUCUAUAGCUGCUGGUCCGACUACACUUCUGUACUACACAGUUGCCAGGAAUUACAUCCUGUUUUUAUAGGUAAUUCCAUUAGUAGUAGUUCUAACCAAUAAUUUUCAGCUUGGAUCCCUAAUAAUAAUAAUCUAUAAGCAUAUUUCUUCAUUGCCUUUUGUGAAUUCCCCCCCAAAUAAGUCACAGAACUCCAGUUGUCUGUGGUCCAGACUGGAAGGCACUCUUCAGACUGGGUGGUAGGAGCAGUCCAGUUCAGAUAAUGAAUUCCAGGCAAUUCUGGUGAUUUUAAAGGAGAAAUACUACUAUCCUUAGGUAAGUCAAGGCAGUCCCACGUUGAUAUAUUUUGAGUGUUUGCAUGAGAGUCCAGAUUACUAGCAAGUACAGUCAUGAGAUGGGUAGCAAGUAGAAAACAUUUAGGGAUUUAGGCAUUCCUGCCUAAACUUUUCCUUUCCCAGUCUGUGUCUAAAGAUGUGCCUUACUGCAGUGCGAUUUGUUGUCUCAGAUAACAAAAACAUUUUAGCAGCGUGUGCAGUCUUGUUGUCUUAAUGUAAUUGUCUCGGAGCAAAGGCUGUUCUUAGCCAUCGUAAUGUUACUUCUGGAGUCUCCAGAACAUUUCCGGGAAGACCAGCAGGAGCUGGCACAGCCCAGCAGUCCCAGAAUCGCCUCUAGGGCUCAUUUCUGGUGUAACAUUGCAAACUUUACUUAGUUUGACAAAGAGAAAGGGUAGUUAUCCUGUUGUAACCAAUAUCCAGUUGCCAAAAAUAAUCCACUUGAAACUGUUUUGUACUUGUGUUGUUUGCGAUUCUUCUAGUUUCCCUUGUUUGUUUUUUUCAGUGUAUAUUCUUAGAAAGUGAAAAUGUGUUUUGAAGCUUAGCUGUUCUAUUGAUAGCUUGUGCUUUUGGGAGAACCUUUGUCACAAAGCUGUAUUACCAUUUGUUAUCUUGUAGAGAGAAAAUGAUAAAAUCAUUAAAUUAAAUAGCUUUUUUAAUAAAAA